CGUAUAAAAGCCAAUCACCUGAAUCAGAAUAUCGCUUACAGGCUAUUUUUUCCCACGAAAACUGAAUUUCAUCAAAUCAGAAUUUAAUUAUCAGAUCACGAAAUGUCGACACUUGCAGCUGCCAGGGCAGACAAUUUUUACUACCCUCCAGAAUGGGAACCAAAAAAGGGUGGUUUGAACAAGUUUCAUGGGCAACAUGCCUUAAGGGAGAGAGCAAAGAAAAUAGAUCAGGGUAUCUUAGUCAUAAGGUUCGAGAUGCCUUACAAUAUCUGGUGUGGUGGUUGCAAUUCUAUGAUUGCAAAGGGUGUUAGGUUUAAUGCCGAGAAGAAGCAAGUGGGGAAUUAUUAUUCUACAAAGAUAUGGAGCUUCACUAUGAAAUCUGCAUGCUGCCAGCAUGAAAUAGUCAUUCAAACCGAUCCAAAGAACUGUGAGUAUCUGGUUAUGAGUGGUGCUCAAAAGAAAGUCGAAGAGUUCGAUACUGAAGAUGCAGAGACUAUGGUACUCGCUGUUGAUGAAGAGAAAAGCAAGCUAGCAGACCCCUUCUAUCGUCUUGAACACCAAGAAGAGGAUUUAAAGAAGAAGAAAGAAGCAGAGCCAUUGCUGGUGCGACUUCAACGGGUAUCAGAUGCCAGACAUUUGGAUGAAUAUUCCUUAAACCGGUCCCUCCGUGCCAAACUUCGAGGUCAAAAGAGAAGAGUUGCUGAAGAAGAGGUGACUGCUAGGAAGAUGGGACUAGGAAUAAGACUACUUCCAGCAUCUGAAGAGGAUAUGAUGGCUGCUAAACGCGUGAAAUUUUCUUCAAAGUUUACUAAGAACAGGGACGAGAAACGAGCUAUAAUCAAAUCCACGUCAAUUUUCGCAGAGUCUUCUGCAUCCACUUCAAAAAGGUUGGAACUUGAGGCGAAGAGAAGGAAAAUAAAUGCAGCAACAGCAUCGAAGUUGCUGACCGGGGGGUUUAAACCAUCAUCUUGGUCAAGGUCUGCUGGAUCUUUGGUUCGUAAGAACAGGGCUUGAAGAUUACCACUAAAGUUACUCCAAAUAGAUAUGGAUCUGUUGUUUUGUAUCUCUUUUGAUUGCUUUAAUGUAGAUACGUGGUUUUCUGCUUGUGUAUAUUUCAUAAGAUGAUAUGCUCAUAUGUAAACAUCUCCAAUUUGGCUGCUCUAUUUUUCUUAAAAAAGUGAUUGAUAUUGCCAA